CAGCUGACGCUCUGCUUGUUCGUUUGCUUCUCUUUCUGCAUUUCUGUGGUUGCAUCUAUUUUUAGUCAUUUCGCACUUUUUUUGCACAGUCAUUUACUUUGAGUACUUGAACUACAUUGUACUGCACAUUGAAUACUUGAACUAGCCUACCUGUGGGAGAGUAACAGAUUAAGCUCCCCCCUCUCAUAGGCUACUGUAUUCCCUCCUCCCCAGUCCCUCAGCGGUAGAUGGAGUUCCUGCAGCCGGAGAUGGAGUGCUGUGAGUCGGCCGUGUCCUCUCUCAGCUGGGCUCUGGUCCUCGGAGGCCCGGUCUACCUGCUCCGUCAGACCCGGACCCACACACCCUACGGCCGGUACCGAACCGCGCGGAGCCGCUGCUGCCCCGCCAGACUGGCCUGGUUCCUGCAGGAGGCUCCGGCUCUGCUGCUGCCGCUGAUGAUGCUGCUGCUGCUGCCCGGGGAGCAGGGGGGGAGAGCCGGGGAGCAGGGGGGGAGAGCCGGGGAGCAGAGGGGGAGAGCCGGGGAGCAGGGGUGGAGAACCGGGGGGAGAACCGGAGGCACCCUGCUGAUCUGUACCUUCAUGCUGCACUACUUCCACAGGAGUUGUAUCUACGCCCUCCGGACUCGAGGUCAGCCGGUCCCUCUGGACAUCGUCCUCUACGCAGCGGUGUUCUGCGCUCUGAACGGCUUCCUGCAGGCCCACAGCCUGCUGCACUGCACCGUCUACCCGCAGGACGCGCUGACGCAGGCCCGCAUGGCUGCAGGUUUCCUGCUCUUCCUGUUCGGGAUGAUCAUCAACAUCCACAGCGACGACAUCCUGCGGAAACUACGGAGACCCGGAGAGACCGUGUACCGCAUCCCCCACGGUGGUCUGUUUGAGUUUGUCUCCGGCGCUAACUUCCUCGGGGAGAUCCUGGAAUGGAUCGGGUUCGCCAUCGCCGCCGGGUCCUUCCCCGCCUUCGCCUUCGCCUUCUUCACUGUCUGCUCCAUUGGGCCCCGGGCCUGCCAGCACCACAGAGAUUACCUGAAGAGGUUUGAGGACUACCCUCGCUGCAGGAGAGCGAUCAUCCCCUUCCUCCUCUGAGCUACUCAUUACCUUAAUGUUCAUCUCCACCUCUCGUCUUCCUUCAGACUGAAUCAUCUAUCUCUGUCUCUUCAUCUCCUAAUAAAUAACAAAGGUGUUGUAAAACUUUAUAGAAAUAUAUAUUUAAACACUGAGAACUCAAACAUUUCACAUUUUAAUGAAUCCCUUUCAUUUAAAUCAUCUUUAUUCUGUAUUAUCUUGUAAAUAUUGAACGAUACGUGUGUUUCUCCUGUUGCAUCUACAGCUUUAGUCUCAACAACAUAUAAUAACUCACAUGCUAUACUCUUAUAGAUUUACCUUCUUCACUUGCUGCAAUAAUAAAGUGUAAUAUGUGA